UAAAAAAGAGGGACGGCCGCCUUUCUUCCUCCUCAACCUCCAGCAACGACAUCACCAACAACACCCUUAUCACGACCCCCAUCAAUCAGUCAAAAUGGCGCGUCGUCCGGCUCGUUGCUACCGUUACUGCAAGAACAAGCCCUACCCCAAGUCCCGGUUCAACCGUGGUGUGCCCGACCCCAAGAUUCGCAUCUUCGAUCUGGGCCGCAAGCGUGCGACUGUCGACGACUUCCCUCUCUGCAUCCACCUUGUUUCCAAUGAGUACGAGCAGCUGAGUUCCGAGGCCCUCGAGGCCGCCCGUAUUUGCGCCAACAAGUACCUGGUCAAGACCGCCGGAAAGGAAGGUUUCCACCUGCGUGUCCGCGCCCACCCUUUCCACGUCGUCCGUAUCAACAAGAUGUUGUCUUGUGCCGGUGCCGAUAGACUGCAGACUGGUAUGCGUGGUGCCUGGGGCAAGCCCAACGGCACUGUCGCCCGUGUCAACAUUGGUCAGAUCAUCAUGAGCGUCCGCACUCGUGACUCCAACCGUGCCGUCGCCCUCGAGGCCCUCCGCCGUUCUCAGUACAAGUUCCCCGGUCGCCAAAAGAUUAUCAUCUCCAAGAACUGGGGCUUCACCCCUCUCCGCCGCGACGAGUACCUGGAGAAGAAGGCUGCUGGCCGCGUCAAGGUGGAUGGUGCCUACGUGCAGUUCCUGGCCAACCACGGUCCUCUUGAGUACAACAUGAAGCGCUUCCCCGAGGCUUUCGAGGCCUAGAGGGUUCCAGGCGUCUCUUCUCUUGUUGUGCUUGCAUGGGAAAACCGUAACUGCAUUUGGGAAUCGGGCUGGCGUCAACAGGGUUCACUGAGGAGGAAGCCGAUACGGCUGUGUGGUUGAACUAGAGCAUCCACUCUCAUAUGCGGGAGCCCCUAGCUUUACGACACAAAACAUGCAAUUCGGAUUUUGAUCUACAAGACUGGCCUGGUAUCAACUGUC